AUGGUUGCCACCGACAAAGCCCGAGGCGUUGUACAGGCGGUUUCAGGCCCCGUAGUGGUUGCUCGCGACUGCCCAGCGUCCAUGUACGAACUGGUUCGCGUCGGACACGAACGCAUCGUCGGUGAAGUGAUUCGGCUCGAGGGCUCCUCGGUUACGAUACAGUGCUAUGAAGCCACCGACGCUUUGGCGGUAGGGGAUCCCGUCGAGCGGACUGGUAUGCCGCUGACAGUGGAACUCGGUCCUGGUUUAAUGUCGAGCAUAUUUGAUGGGAUAUCGCGGCCUCUGGAGAAGAUUGCCACCCUCUCGGGGAGCGUGUUCAUUCCCAGGGGCGUCGAUGUGCCCUCUCUGGACCGGGAACGUCAAUGGUACUUCGAACCGGACCCAGCGCUCUCUGUUGGUAGACUCGUCACCGGUGGUGACUGGAUCGGAAGCGUCCAGGAGACCCCGCUUAUCUUGCACCGGAUCAUGGUACCUCCGGGUACAAUGGGCACCGUCGAAUGGAUCGCACCCAGUGGUUGGUAUACCAUCACAGACACGGUGCUGAAAGUGAGUCACCAGGGUGUCAGCAAGGCGCUGUCUAUGAUGCAGCGGUGGCCUGUGCGACAACCGCGACCCAUCGCGGAGAAACUCGUCGCGAAUACACCGCUGAUCACAGGGCAGCGCGUUUUGGAUACCCUGUUCCCGUGUGUUCAGGGCGGUACCUGUGCUGUGCCGGGUGCUUUUGGUGUUGGAAAAACCGUUAUUAGUCAGGCACUGUCCAAAUACUCGAACUCGGAUGGAAUCGUCUACGUGGGAUGCGGUGAGCGCGGUAACGAAAUGGCAGAGGUUUUACGUGAUUUCCCUGAGCUAACCAUGUCGCUCGCGGACGGCGAGCAAGUGUCCAUCAUGAACCGGACCCUGCUGGUAGCCAAUACGUCGAACAUGCCGGUAGCGGCCCGCGAGGCAUCCAUCUACACCGGUAUAACAAUUGCCGAGUACUAUCGGGACAUGGGACAUGAUAUGUCCAUGAUGGCGGACAGCACGAGCCGCUGGGCAGAGGCGCUCAGGGAAAUCAGUGGACGCCUAGCGGAGAUGCCAGCGGAUUCGGGGUUUCCGGCGUACCUGGCGGCACGUCUGGCUUCCUUCUAUGAGCGCGCUGGGCGCGUCAAGUGUUUGGGCUCCCCUGAACGCACUGGUUCGGUGACCGUAGUGGGAGCUGUCUCGCCUCCUGGGGGUGACUUUUCCGAUCCUGUGACCACUGCGACACUAUCGACAGUUAGUGUGUUUUGGGGCCUCGACAAACGCCUGGCCAGCCGCAAGUUCUUCCCCGCAGUGAACACAAACAUUUCGUGGAGCAAAAAUAUUCAAGCGCUGGAACCAUGGUACGAUGCGCACUAUCCGGAAUUCCCAUCGAUUCGCCAGACCGUACGUCAGAUUCUCCAAAUGGAAGAGGAUCUAAGCGAAAUCGUCGCCCUCGUUGGCCGCGAUGCCCUCGCCGAGAGCGACAAGGUCGUUCUCGCGGCAGCCACCAUGAUUCGGGAGGACUGCCUCCAACAGAACAGCUACACCUCCUACGACGCCUACUGCCCGUUCCUGAAAAGCAUGCUCAUGCUUCGAAAUAUCGUGCUGUGGUACGAGCUUGCCCAGAAGGCAGUCGCCGAAGUGGAUCGCGACGCGGGCGCCACGAGCGCAUCGAAUCGUCUUACGUUUGCGGGGUUGCGCGAUGUGCAAAUGGACCUCCUUAAUCGACUUUCGCGAAUGAAAUUCCUUGAACCCAGCAUGGGAGAUGAUGCGCUGCGUCGCCAUUUAGACGCGCUGCGGGAUGAUAUCGUCAAAAGCUUCCGCGAACGCGACUGGGCGCUGACGGCAUGA